AUGGCAAUUCCCAGGAUCACGAUCCAGAGCUCUGCAUUAGAUGUCAUAUCUGAUGUUGAAUCCAAGAAAAUAGCCCAUGACUCGUUUUGGGUGAGUUGGGACGAUAUAUCGAACGACAUUGAGGUGUAUCAAAUAAAUGGCGAAAGUUUGGUAUUGAGGAGCACUGGUGCAAUUGAAAUCAAGAAGCAUGGCAAUCGUCAAUUGUCAGCUACCUACGAGCAUACCACAUCGGCAGUGAUUGAAUUCCCUUCGAAGAAAUUUCCAAAUUAUCAAUCCUCUCAACCACUGUCUCAUAUACCAUCUGCUAUAACUACAAUUGAUGUGGCCUCCAGGGGUGACUUAUUACUAGUAGGCACUUCCAGAGGAGAGUUGACGGUUUUGUCAGCCCAAGAUAGGGGAACUGUUAUUCGAAAAUUGAAGGGCCAUUUAAUGCAUACUACUAAAGCCAAGUUUUUUCCUUCGGGACAAGCUGCUGUGUCUAUUGGUAGUGAUUUCCAGAUCAAGAUAUGGAAUAUAGUCGAUGGAUCUAAUCCAAGAACAUUGACUGGCCAUAAGGGUCAUAUUACAGAUAUAGGAAUUAUUGAAAGAGGUAGAAACAUUGUCUCCAGUUCUAAAGACGCGACUGUAAAACUAUGGGAAGUUGGCAGUGCCAAAGAAAUUUCUUCUUUUGAUGCUGGCUCUGCUGUAAAUGCAUUAGCAAUAUUAGGUGGACCCUCAAUCUUCGAAGAUGUCGCAGCUCUUAAAUUUGGAGUUGAUAACAAAACAAUUGCAAUUGGUCUAGAGACAGAGAGUAUUGUCAGCUCGUGGGACCUUCGCACUUCAGCUGAAGCUUUCAAACUUAGUGUUCCCGCACCUACAACUUCAAUUGCAUCUCAUCAGGAAAAUACACUUGUCACGGGUCAUAGUACGGGUGAGGUUUGUAGCUGGGACGUUAGAAACCCAUCAUCUGCUCUCUCGUGCGUAAAUCUGUCUUCGUCCACAUCUUCUGCAUCUGCCAUUACCUCCUUGUCUGUUUCUUCUGACUCUGUUGUAUUCUCUACUGAAGGCGAAACUGAUGUUUACAAACUUAACCUUUCGACAACCAAUAACUUUGACCUCUCCUCUGCAUCUACUACCUAUUUAGCGGGUGGCUCAGAUCCUGUAACCUCGAUUGUUCAAAACGCAUCGACUGUAUUUAUGGCCGGCAAAAAUAGUAGUAUUUGGGCGUAUUAG